AUGCUGUGUCAAUUCUUAACUAGAGACUCUUUAAGAAUCAAGGAGGUGGAAAUCUUUCAAGCUGUUGAUAAAUGGGCAACUAAAAAGAUAAAAGAAGAUGGUUUAGAAAGCACAGGAAAAUGCAAACGAGCCAUUCUUGGCGAAGAUAUCAUUAGGCUUAUUAGAUUUCCUUUGAUGUCUUUCAAAGAGUUUGCCGAAGUUGUGCUUCCGUGCGAAAUCUUAAAAAAACGUGAGCUUACAGAGCUGGUUCAGAUCAUUGGAAAGGUGUCCUCCAGAUCAGCUAUUAGUAUGUUUAAUGAAAAGAACCGAAGAGGAUAUGAUAUUAAGCUAUGUUCAAAGAAUCGUUUCCGCAAUGUGCUUAAACCACGGUGGAGUUAUUCAAAUACUUCGAUUGAUGCAGUUAACUUCACUGUCAACAAAGGUGUCUCUCUCAGUGGUGUGCAGCUCUUUGGCAGCCAAGGCUCAACGCACACCAUUGAAUUGGAAAUUUUAGAAAGAGAUAAAAUAAUGUCAAAGCUAUCGUCUUCAUACAUCAGUGAAAUGGUGAAUGAUGAAUAUUAUGGAUUCACUGCAAAUCUUGAUGAGCCAGUCAGCCUUGGACCAAAUAUCUCAUAUACCAUAAAGGCCAAUAUUAGAGGACCACAUUCUUGUUACGGUGAAGCUGGUCAGCAAGAUAUAAACAUGGAUGAUAAUUUCAAAGUUACAUUUCAAAAUUCGGACCAGAGCCAUAAUGGCACUAGUGUCACUAGCGGUCAAUUCCCCAGUCUCAUUUUCCAGUGAUAAAAUCAUGACAUGAAUUGUUGACUUCAAAAUGAGCACCAUCAGUUCCCAUAAAUCCUGGACAUUUUUCGAUUUUAUAUAUAUGACAGGGAAUUGAGUGUUAUAAAUGUAAUGUUUGGGAUUCCUGUUUGUAUGACCGCAAGGUUUUCUGGGUAGGAGCAAUAAACAACGAGAGUCCGCCAUUA